AUGCAAACCCCACUGACAGAUUUGAUCGCCGAGGUAUACAACUUCGGCCAAAAGCCCAAGUUGGAUGGUUCUUCAGUCUGCGGUAACUGCACACAAGGACAAAAAUUGCGUGUCAAGUCGACCGCUUACAUCCCAAUUACCCCCGCUCUUUACAAGCUUCUCAGGGGUGAACGGAAACUGAAGUCCUUCACUCGCGACGAGGUUUUGGCGUUUAUCAAAAAGCGUGCAUACUGGCGGGUAUUCAAAGCAAAAUUACCUCGCCACAAGGCCGAGAAGCUGGACUUAGAAAUCAUUGGCAUCAGCAAUGACACGAAGCACUUCAUCAACCCCACUACUCCGCCAGUCUUUGAAAACUUCAAGAAAGAGCCUACUAUUACCGGUGGUGCUGAUGGAGCGCUAGAUCCAGAGAUGAAAAAGCCAAAGAUUGACCUUCCGGCUCCUCGACCAAAACGACACAGAGCAAACCUACCACUUCAUGGCAGUCUCCACUUGCAGCAGACUCUCGAGACGGACAGUGUGAUUCUCCUGGAGUCGUCAAGCGUGGAUCCUGACAAGCCUGGCGAUGGCAUCGACAUGACUCGGAUUUCAAUCACAGAUGCAGAGAACGAUAUCAUCUUCCAUAUCUCUAUUCGUCGAGUUCAAAGUCAAAUAAUUUUCAAUGCUAAAAUCGGUAUAUCAUGGGGUCCGGAGGAACGGAUCGACAUUGACCGUAGAUUCAACAGUGAAGAUGAUGCAACAAUUUUGAUUCACAACCAAGGAGGGGGCUUCGAAGCCUCUAUUGACUGGGUCAAUACCAUUUGGUUUGCUAAACGUGCUCAGGGAAGGACACCACAAUCUAUCUAG